UUUGCACAUACAAUUCCCAGCAAAUUAAUAUAGACUGAAUUUAGUCAUCACAUACCAUUUUAGAGAAAGCGAAUACAUGCACUACUUUUAAAGCGCAUAAAGGCGUGUGUAUGGAAUACCGAUGACUAAUGUUCAAAUGUGCGUAAUUAAUUACAUAACGGCUGUUUAAACAGUAAAAUGUUACUUUAUUUAGGUGUAAUCCGAUAGUGGAUACAUUACGAAUCAAAAUGCGGUUCGUGUGUGGUCUCAUGAAAGCCCAUAUCUUUGUAUUAGGAAUCAUGCCUAAAUUAACCCUGAUGGACUCAACGAAGGAAACAUCAAUACAAUGUUCCUCGGACAAAGAUUUCACGUUCAGACUUCAUAACAACAUGCUGCACACGUCUAUAACAAUUGCAGAAUGUGAUUUCGCGAAGAAAUCAUGUUUAAUGUUGACCAAGACUCAUAAAGACAAAUACAACGUUUCUUACACUGGACGUGGUGGCAUCCUGAUAAUAAGAGUCCUCGACAAAGAAACCAUCGGAACAUAUCAAUGCCAUGAAACAUUUGAUCCAAACAAUACUGUCAGCACAAAUAUUUCACCAUCGGACUUCAUAUCGACAAAUGAAAACUGUUCAGAGAACUUAGUAGAAGUUUCUGACGCUGGUGAAACGGACACGUUCGGACAUAUCGUGUUGGGCACAUUGAAGAACGCGUCUAUAGAAUGUUCUUCAAAUGUAGACCUCACAUUCAGUUUCUUUAGCAAUACAUCACAAACGCCUGUAACACUAGCAGAAUGCGACUUAGCGAAAAAAACAUGCCGUAUGAUUACAACAUCAUCACAAAACAAGUACAGUCUGGUAUACACGGGUUGUGGUGGAGUUUUGCAUAUAGAAAGUCAAGACAACGACACAAUUGGAGAUUAUUCAUGUUUCGAAACAUUCAACCCUACCAACUUUAUCAGCUUUGACAUUAGUUUUCCCUACACAGAUCUAGUGGUUGACACUACGUAUAAUGUUACUAUAUCGACCGAAAGUAAUACCGAACGAGAUCGGAAGGAAACUGGAAUACAAAAUAACAUGAUAUUUGAAGGUCUUGUGGGUAUUUGGGUCGGUUGUUGUUGCAUAUGCAUAGUUUGCUUCUUAAUACGUUAUUGGAAGAAAUUGAAAUUAUGCCAUGCUGCAAAUACAACCAAACAGGCACCAAAGCAACGAACGGAAUCAAAAAGAGCACUUAUCUCUAAGGAAAGUGAUACAGACCAGGAACAAACUGGCAAAGAAACGCAUAAGCUGCUUCAUAGUGUUGAUUGCAAAAAUGACGAUGAAGAAAAUCAAUCGCAGGAAGAAGGUCCAUUUCAGACAAACACUGCUGAAAUCGAACAGCCCAUUGAUAAACUCGCAGUAAAUUAUAAAAAGGUUAUACAUGAACACACUGACUUACAACACAAGGGGAUUGGUCUAGACGCUAAAAGCGGGCAUGCGGUGUAUAUAAGAGACAAGGAAAAGACCAACCAUCCUUUGAAGACUUUUACCGACGUUUGGUGAAACAUUAUAAGAACACCUGUAGCAAUGUGCCUCUUUCAACCUUGGAUCCGAGCUUUGAUAAGGAUAUAGAAGACAUAUACGUAAAGCAACACAUAUACGAAAUAGAUAUUAAGAAAGAUGGGACGUCCAUGAAUAAGAAACGAGUAAUAGCCUACAAGAACAUAUUUUAUAAAGAUGGUAUUUCAAAUAAACGUAUAUACGUACAAGGCGAACCCGGCUGCGGAAAGUCUAUGUUUGCAAUUAAGUUAGUUCAUGAUUGGGUCAACGUUAACCAGCCUUCAUCGAAUGAAAAUCCAGCGUUUGACGACUUGUUAACAAUUCAACAAUUCAAGUUCCUUUUUUUCAUCCGAUUGAGAGAAGUAAAAGGACAGGAGUAUUUAAUUCAGAUGAUUAAAACACAGCUUAUUGAUAAAAUGUUUACCGAAGACGAUCGCGAGGGUGGGUACAAACAUUUUCUUCGUAUAAUAAAUAGUAAAAAGUUCCUUGUAGUUCAAGACGGUCUUGAUGAAUGGGAGGGUCGGAAUGAAGUUGAACCCUCGAUGGCGGGAUUUCAAUAUGACAAGUGUACGGUACUUACAACAACUCGACCAUGGAAACUGGCUGAUGAACGUUUCAAUAAUAUUAAAAUUGACACUCUGAUAGAGGUUGAGGGGUUAGGCGAUACAUAAACAUUAAGUGAAAUGAUAAUAAGGUGCAUACCUGAUGUGAACAAUAAGCUUUAAAAAAAAACGGUAAAUGCAUUGCAUACAUUCAUACAGACAUUUAACCUGAUAUCACUAGCACCCAUGUUGUACACAGUUGUUAUAUGCACGUGGAUUAUCUCAAUAGAAAAUGAGAAACAAUUCAAAGCAUUGUCAUGUGUGUUAUAUACAAGGCUCUGCUUGAACACUUUUGUGAAAAGGCUAACAAUACAAGUGGGCAUUUUGAAGAUCCACACGUUACCUUCAGCCAAACAUGAAUUACCUAAAUAAGCUAUCUGAAACUGCUUGCAAAUUGCUGUUCUCUAGAAACAAGGAAACUUAUAUUGCCUUUUGUGACGAAUCAAUGUUGGACUAUUUGAAUUGGAAAGAGUUAACAGUUCGCAAGCAGUUCGCUCUCAUGACAGGAAUCUUGACAAUCAGCAAAUGUUACAGUGGAACUGAUACUUCGACCACUUAUAUUAAAAAAUGUCUGCAGGAAUUUCUAACUGCAUAUCAUAUCGCAUGCAAUCCACAUCUCAUCGAUUACGUCCUCUGCGGCUUUCUUAGGAGCCAUCAUGGUGCGAGUAUUUGCGUAUUACAAGUAUUUAAGUUUCUGUGCGAUCUAAACAUCUCGUCAGCGAACAAGCUAUCAGUUUUGUUGAAUGAACGAAUUGUUCACAAAGAAGAGUUGUAUUUAGGUUUACUAGGACACACGAACCAUCAAGACAGCAUUGUCUCUGGUUAUAGAGAGGCUGUCUUAAAUGGAUAUACUAAUGUAUCUUUUCUACUCAGUCACGUUCUUAUCAAUGAUACAAUAUAAGUGAAUUUUCCAGCAUAUGGGAUAGAAUCUCACCACACGUCAAGUCAUUACGUAUAUCAGUAGGCGUGCACUGUGAUGUGCCUUUUACAUCGAUUGCAGAUUCAUGUGUGCAGUCAGCAUGGCAUAUAAAUUUUUACUUGUUAUUGUGUAACACGCUGAAACAAUAAGCACUCCAUGGAGGCUUGCUAGCAUCAAAAGGUAAAAUAUAUUAUCAUCGGUCUUAUAUUUUUCAGCACUGAAAUGUUCUUCCAGCAGCUGUUCUCACCUUAGAAAUUAACGAUUCUUAGUUGUGGUUUGUGGUAUUUCUGAACAUUGGUUACUUCAUAACAGUGUACAUUUUCUUGAAUCUGCUUUUAAAAAUUAUAGAUAUAUUGUCAAGUGUGAUAAUGACCAAUUAUUGCCAGCAAACGGAAAAUUGGUAAAGGGGGGGUAGCCCUACUUUGGCGACAUGAACUCAAUGACAGAGUUUCGCCCCUUGAAAUUGAUGAUGAUAGGAUUAUUGGAUUACAGUUACAAAUCUCACCAAGCAAUUAUGUAUUUAUUUUUCAAGUGUAUCUGCAAUGUAUCAAUCAUUCUAAUGUGUUAUACAGAGAUUACGUGCAGAAAUCGUAUGAACUUUGGUUUGCCUAUUGUGAGUUAGGGAUGGUAAUUCUUAUGGGUGAUUUUAAUUGUUCUGUACUUGAUGACAAACCUAGAAGUUUGCUUCUUAGGCAGUUCUUUUCAGACUCGCAGAAUAUAACUGUAAACUGUUUGCCAGCUUGUAAUGGUAUGAAGUCUACAUUUGUAUCAUAUGAUGGUGUAUAUAAAUCAGUGAUUAACUAUAUUUGUUUAUCUAGUGACUGUAUUGAUCUCGUUUCGCAUUGUGAAAUUUUAGAUGAUGAUUGUCUUAGUGUAUCUAGACAUAGACCUGUCACAGUAAGCAUAAACUUUCCUGUGUCAGACGGUUAAUUUAACAUCAGUGAAGAAUCUUUUAAACGUAUUAGCUGGAAAAAAGCCACGGAUGCACACAUUAGUGACUAUGUUGGAAAUGUUACAAACUCUUUGAAUCAAUGUACAUAUGUGUGCGAUAGUAAAGAAAGUAUUGACUCAACAUAUACUAUGUUAUGUGACGUGCUGACAGGAGCGGCAGGAACUUGCAUCGGUAAUAGACAAUUUCAGUCUCAUUUAAAGCCGUACUGGGAUAGUGGUUUACGUGAAUACCAUAAACAGAUGCGUUAUUAUAGGUCCCAGUGGUGUCGUGCUGGACGUCCGAGGAACGAAACUAACACAGAGUAUAUGUCCUAUAAGACGGCAAAAAGGGACUUCCGGCGAGCCCAUAGAAAGGCAGCAAAUGGGCACAUGAUGCAGCUGAACCGGGAAAUUGACGAAUCUGCAGAAAUGAAUACAAAUGAUUUCUAGAAACAGGUCAACACACGUCGUAUGGCCUAUAACUGUAAUAAGUCCACAUCUGGUAUCAAGUUCGGUGAAAUUGUACAUCGUUACCAGAAAGCGAUUACGGAACAAUGGGGGUUUUAUUUUGAAAGACUAUAUUCGCCAUCUAUCUCUGAACAUUUUGAUGACAAAUGGCGUCAUCAUGUGUCACCAAACGUUGGGAAACUGCGUGAGACAUUGAUACCUGACAGCAACGCCACAGUAAUGCCCGAAGACAUUGAGAGGUGUAUACGUUCUUGUCCAAAUGGAAAGGCUCCUGGAUAUGAUAGUAUAACAUACGAGCAUCUGAAGCCUGUAGCGAGUGCUAUUUUGCCAUUAUUAGCUAAUUUCUUCACUGCAAUUGUACAUUCAUGACAUUCUUAAGCGUGGUGUUAUAAUUAAGCUACAUAAAGGAGGAUCGAAACCAAAGGACAAUCCGGAUAGCUACAGAGCUAUAACCCUUACCUCUAUUGUGUUAAAGCUCUUUGAAUCUGUGCUUUUACAACGAUGUAGUACAAUUAUGAUGGCCGACAUUAGCAUUCAACAGGGUGGUUUCCAGGAGGGCCUUGGCUGUCUGAUGACGUCAUUCAUGUUACGUGAAAGUGUCUAUUUUGCACGUGAACAUGGAUCAAAGCUAUACGUGUGCUACCUGGAUGGGAGACAAGCGUUCGAUAAAGUGUGGCAUGACGGCCUCUUUUACAAUCUCCAAACAAAAAUAGACGACACUUCACUGCCCGCAUUCAUGGAAUUAUACGCGAACAUGACUAGUUGUGUCAAAAAUCGUGGCCUUACAUCGAAAUGGUUCCCUGUUUGUCAUGGAACUCGCCAAGGCGGGAAAAGUUCACCGAACUGCUAUCUAGUAUAUAUAAAUGGACUUAUCAAUGCUCUUGAACAUUCUGGUCUAGGUUUUUGUAUGUACGGAAUGAAUAUGAACAGUCCUACAGUAGCAGACGACAUGAUUCUAAUUGCAUUUUCAAAGCACGCACUUUAUGGCAUGAUGAAAAUAUGCUAUGACUAUUCGUGUAAAUGGCGCUUUGAAUAUAAUCCAUCAAAAUGUGCAGUUAUAGUAUUCAACGAACAGCGAUUCAGUCGACCUGAACGUACUUGGACACUCGGGCGUGAAACUAUACAGGAAGCAGAAACGUACACACAUCUUGGACUGAAAUGUGACCGUAACAUGUCGAGCGGUGCACUGAUGUGUGAUGCUUCGUCGAAGAUGAGAGGUACUCUCAAUUCUAUCCUUCAUUGUGGAUUUAAUCCUGCUGAACUUAAUCCUAUAAUACUUCGUAAAAUAUAUGUUAAUGUGGUCUUGCCCAAAGCUUUAUAUGGCUCGCUGCUAUGGUGCAACUAUUCUAAUGGUGACAUAAAUCAACUUGAAAUAUCCCAUAGAAGAUGUGUUAAACAAAUUCUUAGCGUCGGUAGGUACACAAACACCGAUGUUGCAUUGUCAUUCUUAAACAUUGAAUCCAUCCGCGGAAGAACUGAUAGACUUUAAGAAGCUUGAGUUUUUCGGGCAACUGUGCCGGCUUCCAGUUGGAUUCUUGGCCAAGAAAGUGUUCAUACAUAGACUAACAUGAUAUUGCUUAGGGUGCAUUAAUAUGCCAGGGCUGAUUCCUGACAUCUACAGACUAUUACAAAAGUACAGUUUGAUGCCUACCCUAGAAACAUAUCUGGAAAGUGGUGUAUUCCCCGGAAAGAUGGCAUGGAAACGUACAAUCAAAAACAGUGUUAGAAUUACAAACAGACAAAGACGCUCAGACAUUGCAAAUAAAAUUACAUGUCGCGAGGAUUUGAAGCUAUUUGAAGCUGAUAGACCGCUUACCGCCAUCGUCAUUUCUAAUACUUCACCGUCACUCUCUGUGAACCACAAGUCAACGAAGAUCCUAAGUAUGGCGAUGUCGAGGCAAUUUGCAAGUAAAUGUGCAAUCUGUUACAAGUUCACCGACAGUAUUGUGAAUCAUACUCUCUGGUUUUGUGAAAAAACAGAAUCCAAAAGGAAUAAGCUUAUUGUUGAACUGUACAGGGUGAUCGGGCACUGCAAAUUUAUGCAAUUUAUGGCUCUUCCCGUAUUGACAAUGAGUAGACAUCUAGUGCGUCUUGCAUUAACAGUAACUGAAGAUGGCCUUUUUAGCAAUUUCGUUUUACUAAAAUUCAUAUGUGAUCUGUUUUAACUUGUUUAUAUUAUAUUCGCUCAAGUCGACUAUAAUGUUUCUUUGUAAUAACUUACAGGAAGAUAUUGUCAGUAUAUUAUGGAUAACCUAACGUUAACUUGAAUUUUCGUUUUCGUUUAAGGUAAAGUAAAUUAAGUUAUCGAUAAUAGCUAAAUAGUGUGGUUAUUGAAUACUUUAUAAGUUUAUAUGUUUACAAAUAUUACACCAACUUUCGCUUUCGACUUUGGUAUGUGAUAUUAUAAAUAAAUGUAUAACAACA